AUGUCGUGGUUUAAGGUUGCUGUGGCGGUAGUUUUAUGCACCAAUACGUAUGUUUACAGUUUCAUUUACAACGACCAUGAGUACCUAGGAUGCUUUGCCGAUACUACAGAUAGAGACUUGAAUGGACGAACGAAUCUUAUACGGAGAAGUCGAUGGGAUUGUAUCACAACUUGCAAGGCGCAUGGAUUUCAAUACUCAGGAAACCAGAAUGCAUAUACUUGCUUUUGCGGAAAUUCAUAUGGUAGACAUGGAAUGGUGGACAAAUCGGAAUGUGACAUGACGUGCGAGGCUGAGGGUAACACCCAAACAUGUGGAGGGGCUUAUAGGAACAACGUGUACGACACUGGAUUCAGAAUGGAAGAAAAUCGGGUCAGUGCGGAUGUUGCAAAGCUUUCAUCAGGAGCUUCAAUCGAAUGCUCAUCAAGCACAAGUGCAGCCACUUGCAAAAGAGCGAUAGAUGGAGAGAUUGCAGGAUUUUGUGUUGACCGGCUCGUGUCUGGAGAUGUUUACAACGUCCCAGAUUCGGCAAUAACUGCCUCCAGCGUUUGGAAUAAUGAUCUAGUUGCAUUCGGAGCACAGCGUUCGAGACUAGAUACGAAGGCGGCAGCUGGUUUGUGUGGAGGCUGGGCCUCUGCCGAACCGCACACUAACAUUUGGAUACGGGCAGAUCUUGGUCAAGUAAUGUUUAUAACAGGGAUCAUAACCCAAGGAAGAAAUGGGUAUAGCCAGUGGGUAACAUCAUACAAGUUUUUAUAUGGUAAAGACGAAGGCAGCCUACAAGAAUAUGGAAUGGUUCUACAAGGCAAUAGCGAUAGAGAUACGAAGGUUCAAAAUAUGCUUGAUCCACCUGUAAAUGCCAGAUACGUCCAGAUAAAUCCUCAAACCAAGUAUGGUACUGCCCCCUGUCUGAGAUUUGACGUCAUCGGGUGCGAAAUAGAAAAUGUUGGCGCAUGGGUUAACGUGACUUUGGCAAGGUCAUUUUGGGUUAAAGAGAUCAGCAUGAUCCAGAAUCGCGAGAGCCUCUUGACGCAAGCUCGCAAAGUCAAGAUGGAUUUCAGCGACGGGUUAACAACCAAGAUGGAUAUGUUCGAUAUGGAGCCGACGGACCAACAUAGCUGGGAGUCUGUGCGAUUUGACCCACCCGUUCUUGCCAGUUGGGUAAAGAUUACGUUCAUUGAAGCUUAUGUGAAAUCAAAAGAGCCAUUUGGAAUUGUGGAACUCGACAUAAUUGCAGAUUUUGGACCAUUGACUAACCAGGCUGCUUUAAUUGGGACUGCGACGUCAUCAACUCAAUUCAAUGGAGCUUUGUAUCCACCUAAUGCAGUUGACGGGACACUCAUUGUCAAUUUCGCUUUUCAAUACAACACGUGGGUCGACCAGUGGAUUUUGAUUACGUUAGAUGCGGAAUAUUGGGUACACGUGAUCAAAUACGCAAACAGAUGUGCAAGGAACAGUCAGCACAAGAAAGUACUUGUCGAACUGUACGAUGCGUCGUCAAGUUUGAAAUUGGGACUUUCAGUCAGUUCGCAAGUUUUCAUGUAUUUUGAUGAAUUUGAAUGUGGAAGUUUUCGAUGGACAACCCUUCCUUUACCAUACACUCGUUUGGUGAAGUCUGUAAAGUUCACAAUCGAGGAAAUUGUGAAUAUCGAGGCGUUAGAAAUAGCACCAGGGAUGAGUGAAAUUCAAAUCUUCACAGGACAAAACCUUGCAAGUUCGUCAGCUCCAAUUGUUCAGGAAACGUUUCCCUCUGAGAAGAGACAACUCAUCCGUACACUGACAGAUAUGGACAAAAGUGUCUGCGCCUUUGAGGUUCAGUAUGUGUCUGGGUCGAGAUUGCUGUUUUACACAAAUGCCAUUGGUCUUACUCAGUUCAAAUUGGUGAUUACAACAAAUGGUGGAGCUGCAGAUGAUUUUGACGUGUUUAGCACGGGUGACACGACAGCCAAUGUAACAACUGCAAAGAUGCUACGCUGUGACGGACCGGAGUACCCAGGUACGGGGGAGUUCACAUGGACCUGUACAAUUAGUGAAGAGGGAGACUCGCUUUAUGCUGCAACAGUACUGGUAUCGACCUCAUCCGUGUAUCAGAUUUGUGAGAUUGAACUACAGGCUGUAUCUGAUAUACCUGAGUAGUCAAUCCUCAUACGAAGUGUGCAUGAACAUAUAUUCCCGAAACGAAAAUCGAUAACUGUUCAUGAAGAGUAAAUUGACAAAUAUUCACGAGAUGUAGAUUGACAAAUAGAUCUGAAACGUGAUUUGAUAAAGAUUCUAUAUAGAUAUAGACAUGUGUAAAGUGGAAAAUAUUUCUGAAGUGUAUAUAAUAGUAUCACUGCUUUUAUUUGUAAAUACUUAUUUCUUGAAAAUGGCUUCAUAUGAUUCUAAGUUCGUCAGCUCGAAUUAUUGACAAAGUGUUUCCCUUUGAUAAAAGGCCACUCAACUGAUGCACCCGAAUAGACGACCUAAUUAAAUUCCCGACGUGCGAAUAACUGAUAUUCCUGAAGUGUUAACUGA